AUGUGGAGAAACAACAAUUUGAUACCCUUCUACAAGAAUAAAGGGGAUGUCGCGGACUGUGGAAAUUAUAGAGCAAUCAAACUAACUUCUCAGACCCUUAAGAUCUGGGAAUGUGUCCUCGUAAAAAGACUAUCAAAAAUUACAAAAAUUACACCAAACCAGUGUGGAUUCACUAGUGGAGUGGGCACUAUAGAUGCAAUUCACUCAGUGAAAAUACUCAUGGAAAAGUACAAGUCACGCAAACAAGAUCUUCACCUUAUUUUCAUUGAUCUCGAAAAGGCGUUUGACCGAGUUCCUAGAGAGCUAAUCUGGCAAGCACUAAGAGCGCAGUUGGUGCAGGAACAUUAUAUUGAGCUCCUCAAAGAUCUGUACCACGACGUAACAACAAAAGUGGUCGGCCCAGCAGGGAAAAGUGAACCAUUUGAAGUCGGAGUGGGGGUUCACCAGGGCUCAACCGUUAGCCCUCUCCUAUUCAACCUAGUAAUGGACUAUAUCACUAUGGACAUUCAGAAAUCAGCACCGUGGUCACUUCUAUACGCUGAUGAUGUAGUACUCAUAGCCGAAUCGUUGACAGAAGUACAAUCAGACCUGACACUUAUGGCAGGAGUCCUUAGAAAGAAGAGGGAUGAGAGUGAAUAG